UGUUACCAAAGGCCCCCAAUCGAGGGUAAAAACGAAACUUCGGGUUUACAAAAGGAACAAUUUUAGGGCUCCAUUGAUUCAAUUUGUUCCGCUACUGAGAAGUGAGAAGCAGAAGUGCAAACUGCGAAUCUUCCUCGAGCUUGAUUGAGAACGAGAAGUGCAAACCACCGCCGUCGUUGUAGUUUUUGUGAAUAGCCAAGACCAGCGGAUAGGAUCUUUGCUUGUCGAGCUUCAGAACGGGUCGAAGAAAUUCAGUAUUUUGAUGAGAUGCUGAUUUUAUCAAUCUUCAAUUUGUUUUAUUAGAGGUGCUUGUAACAAUGUCGAGGCCCAUGGUACUUGUUUUUCUGCUGCUGGUACUCAUUAUUACAUCUCAGUUUGAAUGGAAGCAACAACUUGUGAAUGAUUUUGAAACAGCCCCAAGUAUUUCUCAGAAGCAGCAACAAAUAUCAAAGAGGGAAGAAGCUGUAAAAGAAAAGAUCAUUGCUUCUCAUUUUCCUGGAGCUGUGUAUGUCUCACAAAGCUUACAUUUUAAGUCACCAGUCUACAUUGGAGAGGAGGUCAUUGCAGAGGUUCAAGCAGUUAGUUUACGAGAGAACCGGAAGAGAUACAUAGCAAAAUUCUCAACAAAAUGCUUUAAAGAUGGGAGGCUUCUUGUGCUUGAUGGAGAGGCUAUGGCCAUAUUGCCAACUCUGUCCAUGGGUGAACAACAGUGACCAAACUGAUGGAAGUCAGAUUCAGCCCAUAAAUAGAGUCCCUUCUUAACACUGUUGUGUUCUUCAUAAAUUUUUUUCAUGAAUAUAGGAAUUUGCAUUUCUUAACUUAUGUGAAUGUGAAACAGAUAUCACUUCUGUUACACUAGAGAAGGGCUUUUAGGAAGUCAAUGUACUGUAGUACUACUAGUGUGAGUGCCAUCUACUAACGUGCCUAGCAAAUUAAGUGAUAAUUUGUUGCCAUUUCUAGGAAAUAUGUGCAUUCAGGUUACAACCCAAAGUUGCAAUUACAUUCUUGAUCA